GAAUUACCUAUACUUCUAAAAUCUUGUUUAAUGACAAACGAGAUUGAUGUAAAUGACCCUUCGCUAGGUGAUUCUAGUGAUUAUGAUAGCUUGUGUUUUGGCUGGGUAAAUCUUAAUCGAGUUCGUUCGUCGUACCGUUCAUCUCAUAUUUGUUAUAUAUUAAGUCGUAGGAAGCGCUUAGAUUGCAAUACAGCGUCGUGUAUUGGUUUUAGCACUCGCGCUGUCGCGUUUAAACUCACCGCACGCGACAGAGAGACCACGAAAGUGAACGUCGCCCGAUGGCGUCUACUUCUGACGUUUAAAGUUCUGAUACAGUUUUUUGCGGUUUGCGGAAUGCGCCACACUAACAUAGCGUCGUUCAAUUCGUAAUCAUUUUAUCAUUCUCCAUUCGGUCGAUAAGAUUACGUUUUCAGCAGUUGUUCGUUCGCGAUAACUCAGAUACUGCAUUUUCACUAGGUGUUGUUUUAUUGGAUCAAAUAUUGAAUAGUUGGAGCUGAAAUUUUUAAGUAGAGAAUGGUCAAGGAUCGCUUGAGUGAACUGAAAAGUCGAUGCAAAUACAGCAGCAAUGUUAGCAUUGAUUUGAUACCCACGAAGUCACAGGAAGAAAUAUUCUCCAACUUGGAGAAGUUUUCAGAGCUUAACGGGUGGAUUAAAACGAUUCGGGAAAACAUUGAGGAAAUGAAACGGACUGUGGCGACGCCCUCUUUCCAUUACAACGACAAAGUGAUUCGUAGCAAGGUUGAAAAAAUGAUGGAACGAAAUAUCGAACUGUGCAAGCAUAUUCAUAUGGCUAUAAAACAACUUCACACGGAUAUGGAACAGGAAGAAUGUCGGGGGAGUGCCCUAUUUCGGAUAAAACACACGCAGUUCAUUGUGAUUAAAGAUGAUUAUUUGAGUGCAUAUCGAGAACACGAAGAGUUUGUUAGCUAUUAUGAAGAUAAAAUCAAGAACUUGAUGAAAAAAGAAGCAAAAGCAAUGAACUACAACAUCACAGACGAUGAGGCAGCAGAGAUGUUGGCCAGUAAUCACACGUCCCCAUUUGUUGGAAAUAUUCUGGAGAAAACGGAACACGAACGACGAAAACUUCGUGACAUAAUGGCCCGCCAUACACAGUUAGUCGAACUGGAGAAGUCACUUAUCGAGAUUCGCGACCUGUUCGUUCGGAUAUCAACACUAGUGAUGGAACAGGGUAGUUUGGUCCAAGUGGUAGAAUAUCAUGCCCAACAGGCUUUGCUGAAUACUGAUCAUGGCGCUCACCAGCUCGAAAAGGCGCGAAUUUACAAACUGAAAGCAAUGAAGAAGAAAACCUGCUUGAUAAUAUGGGUUGUAAUUGUUCUUUCGGUACUAGUAUUACUGAUGAUAAUAUUUUGAAAUAGUAAUACAAUACGUGUUGAAAUAUAUUGUGUAUGCUUUCAUGUAUUUGACAACCGAAUUACGGAAGUUGUUGCGUGUGGAGGGAAUAAAUAAGAGGGAUAAA